UUACUUAUUCUUUUUCUUUCUUUCUUUCUUUCUUUCUCACAUUACAUACCACGAAAAAAUGAUAGGUGGCUUCAGCUUAAAGAGCUUUACAUACAUUUUUGUAAUUGCAAUUCUUAUUUGGUGUUCAAAUUUUGAGUCAUGCAUUGCAAGGAGAGGGAGGCAUUGGAGGCAUAACAAUAAUAGAGCUUUCUCCUCUUCUCUUAUGAAGAAAAAAGUCAAGAAUUAUGGUAGUCAUAAUAAUAAUAAUGGUGGAGGCUCAAAUUCAAAACCAAAACCAAAGUCUCCAUCAUCAUCACCAAAGUCUACUCCACCACCAUAUAAAAUCACUCCUUCAUUACCACCACGAAUUCCCAACCCAGAUUACCCUCCAACUCCUCCAACAAAAGGUUACAACAAUGGUGGCUCUUCUUCUACCACAUUUAAUGUGCUAGAUUUUGGAGCUAAGGGUGAUGGAAAUUGUGAUGAUACCAAGGCAUUCGAAGCUGCGUGGGCAGCAGCAUGUAAGGUAGAGGCAUCAACCAUGGUGGUACCAGCAGAUUACACCUUCUACGUGGGGCCCAUCUCAUUCUCGGGCCCAUACUGCAAGCCCAACAUCGUUUUCCAGCUUGAUGGCACCAUUGUUGCUCCAACAAACUCCAAAGUUUGGGGUGGAGGAAUGUUCCAGUGGCUGGAAUUCUCAAAGCUAGUGGGAAUCACCAUUCAAGGAAAUGGUGUCAUUGAUGGGAGAGGCUCAGUUUGGUGGAAAGACCAACCAUAUGAUGACCCUAUAGAUGAUGAAGAAAAGCUCAUAGUCCCAUUGAACCACACAAUGGGGAAGCCACCACCAAUGCCAGUUGAAAGUGAGCUUGGAGUAAAGAUGCCAGGCAUCAAGCCAACUGCAUUAAGGUUCUACGGGAGUUUUUACCCAACUGUCACAGGCAUAACUAUUCAGAAUAGUCCACAAUGCCAUCUCAAGUUUGACAGCUGCAAUGGAGUCCUGGUCCAUGAUGUGACCAUAUCAUCGCCGGGCGACAGCCCCAACACAGAUGGAAUUCACCUUCAGAACUCUAAAGAUGUUCUCAUCUAUAGCAGCAACCUUGGAUGUGGAGAUGAUUGUAUUUCCAUACAAACUGGGUGCUCAAAUGUAUAUGUACACAAUGUCAAUUGUGGACCAGGACAUGGAAUCAGCAUUGGGGGCCUAGGAAAGGAUAACACCAGAGCCUGUGUCUCAAACAUUACUGUCAGAGAUGUCAACAUGCACAACACAAUGAAUGGUGUCAGAAUCAAAACAUGGCAGGGUGGAUCAGGUUCUGUGCAAGGAGUACAAUUCUCAAACAUUCAAGUUUCCGAAGUUCAGCUCCCUAUUGUGAUCGAUCAAUUCUACUGCGAUAAAAAAUCCUGCUCGAACCAAACAGCCGCAGUGGCGCUAGCAGGAAUCAAUUAUGAAGAGAUAAAGGGAACAUACACAGUUAAGCCAGUACACUUUGCAUGUAGUGAUAGCCUGCCUUGCGUUGAUGUUUCUUUGACCUCAAUCGAGUUAAAACCAGUCCAAGAACAAUACCACCUGUAUGAUCCAUUCUGCUGGCAAACUUAUGGUGAAUUAAAAACUCCGACACUGCCACCAAUUUCUUGCCUUCAGAUUGGGAAGCCGCCGAACAAUCGGAUUCAGACAGAUCAUGAUUUAUGUUGAUUUAUCUUAGAUAUUAUUUCAAAAUGGUUAGCAAGUUAGAUAAAGCAUGUAUAUUUUAGAAGUUCUAUAUAAUAGGAAAUUUUCUUCAAUAGGGUGAUAUUGAUUUACUAUUGUGAGAGAGUAUGCUGGCCCUGCUUUUAGCAAGAGGCCAAUAAUAGUGUGAAAAGCAGCUAUGUAACUAUGGCAUAUUGCCUGUGUGUGAGGUAUUAUAUUAUAUAUACAAGUGUCAACAUCUACAGA